CCAAACGCAUUUUUCUCAUUUCGAAGCUCAGCGGCCGAAACUAGGGUUUUUGCAACUUUGCAGCCAUGGGGAAGGGAACAGGGAGCUUUGGCAAGAGGAGAAACAAGACACACACGCUGUGUGUGAGGUGCGGCCGGCGAAGCUUCCACAUCCAGAAGAGCCGCUGCUCUGCCUGUGCCUAUCCUGCUGCCCGCAAGAGGACAUACAACUGGAGUGUGAAGGCCAUAAGGAGAAAGACUACUGGAACUGGACGCAUGAGGUAUCUCCGCCACGUGCCGCGCAGAUUCAAGACCAACUUCAGAGAAGGCACUCAAGCUGCACCUAGGAAAAAGGGAACAGCUGCUUCUGCUUGAGGGUAUUUCAGGAUUCAGAUUUGGAUCUUAUGUUAAAGUGUACUUCUAUUGGUAUUUUAAAUCAUUAAGGGAACAAUUGAAUUUUCUAGAACAUCGUUUGAAGCGUUUUUGCCU